AGCUGUGCUGAGUGAGCUCCAGCCAGCCACCCAGGGGUCCCAGCAGCACAAGGAGCAGCACACAGACAAAUGGCAGCCGAGGUCCCUGGUGACUGGGGCACCUGCCCCACCACCCCUGUCCAGGGCUGUGGAAAGUCAUCUGGCAAGGACAAACCCGCCGCCAGAAUGCCAGGAGAGAUGGAUAAACCCCUGAUCAGCCACCACCUGGUGGAUAGCGAUGGGAGCCUUGCUGAGCCCCCCAGUGGGGCCCCCAAAGUGGGCAUCCUGGGCAGCGGGGACUUUGCCCGCUCCCUGGCCACACGCCUGGUGGGCUCUGGCUUCAGCGUGGUGGUGGGGAGCCGCAACCCCAAACGCACAGCCGGGCUGUUCCCUUCAUCCACCCAAGUGACCUUCCAGGAGGAGGCAGUGAGCUCCCCAGGGGUCAUCUUUGUGGCUGUGUUUCGGGAGCACUAUUCCUCGCUGUGUGGCCUCAGUGACCAGCUAACCGGCAAGAUCCUGGUGGACGUGAGCAACCCCACGGAGCAAGAGCACCUCCGGCAUCGCGAGUCCAAUGCAGAGUACCUGGCCUCGCUUUUCCCCACCUGUGCCGUGGUCAAGGCCUUCAAUGUCAUCUCUGCCUGGACCCUGCAGGCUGGCCCGAGGGAUGGCAACAGGCAGGUGCCCAUCUGCAGUGACCACCCAGAAGCCAAGCGCACCAUCUCAGAGAUGGUUCAUGCCAUGGGCUUCAUGCCCUUGGACAUGGGCUCCCUGGCAUCAGCCCGCGAGGUGGAAGCCAUGCCACUGCGCCUCCUGCCAGCCUGGAAGGUGCCCGCACUCCUGGCCCUGGGGCUUUUUGUGUGUUUCUUUGCCUACAACUUCACCCGGGACGUGCUGCAGCCCUACGUGCAGGAGAGCAAGAACAAGUUCUACAGGCUGCCGGUGUCUGUGGUCAACACCACGCUGCCGUGCGUGGCCUACGUGCUGCUGUCCCUGGUGUACCUGCCCGGCGUGCUGGCGGCCGCCCUGCAGCUGCGGCGGGGCACCAAGUACCACCGCUUCCCCGACUGGCUGGACCACUGGCUGCAGCACCGCAAGCAGAUCGGGCUGCUCAGCUUCUUCUGCGCCGCUCUGCACGCGCUCUACAGCUUCUGCCUGCCACUGCGCCGCUCUCACCGCUACGACUUGGUCAACCUGGCCGUCAAGCAGGUCUUGGCCAACAAGAGCCACCUCUGGGUAGAGGAGGAAGUCUGGCGCAUGGAGAUAUACCUCUCACUGGGAGUGCUGGCCCUCGGUACGCUGUCCCUGCUGGCCAUCGCCUCAUUACCAUCCAUUGCAAACUCGCUCAACUGGAGAGAGUUCAGCUUCGUGCAGUCCACACUGGGCUUUGUAGCCCUGGUACUGAGCACGCUGCACACGCUCACCUACGGCUGGACCCGCGCCUUUGAGGAGAGCCGCUACAAGUUCUACCUGCCGCCCACCUUCACACUCACGCUGCUGGUGCCCUGCGUCAUCAUCCUGGCCAAGGGCCUGUUCCUGCUGCCCUGCAUCAGCCGCAGACUCGCUAAGAUCCGAAGAGGCUGGGAGAAAGAUGGCGCGGUCAAGUUCAUGCUGCCAACUGACUCUGUCCUUACAGAAAAAACGAGCCACGUGUAAGGCGCCUGUGCCCAGCGCCUUAAACCAGGUGCAGGCAGCUCAGCCCCCUGAGUCACUAUCAGUUUUCUUUUCUGGAUGGUGCAGAGCAGAGUAAGUGUGCACACAUGGGUGGUUCAAGGUGGUCCUGGUAUGAAAAUGUGUCCAGUAAUAGUCAGAAUGACACACACAUACAUGCAAUUGGUAUGUACAUAUAUUUCAUAUAUAUAUAAAGCAGAACCUGAGGUUAUACUUACUUACCUAAAAGUUGGGUGCCUGAGAUUCCAACUUGUAGAUUUAAAAGCAAGUGCCAGAUGUUAGACAGCGGAGCGUGCUAUUGUGACCUUUGCAGAGAUACACACACACUUUUUGCCCAGAACAGGCUUGUGGACCCUGGUGAGUACCGUCCUUUAUCUACCUCCUCCACUUCCCUUUGGCUACUUUCCCAAGGCUCCAGGCACCCACAGAGUUGUGACUAAGUGGUGGCAAAGCUGAUAGCUCUGCCUGCAGCCCACCUAGGCCCCCAGGACUGAAGAGACACCAGUGCACAGGGGCCGGAGAACUAGCUCUUCCAGUCCUCUGAGUGGGGAGCGGUGUAGGGCGUGAACCUGGGGUCUGUGCCGGGAGACACUGAAGGCCGGGCUUUUUCCAGGUAGAGUUUUUUCCAGAUGAGAGUUAGGGACUGAAGCUGUUUCACCUGAUCCUCACUGAGCUGGGGAGAUUCCUCCCACACCCCUGAAAGUGAGGAAUCACCACAAAGCCUGCAAAUGGAUCCUCCUGCGUGGGUGUGAAGUCACCUCCUCCUGGAGCCGCUAAUGAACCUGCUUUCGAGAACAAGUGUAAUUGCUCUCCCUCCAUUAGGUUGGUGGUGAGAACUGCUUAAGCCGCUGUGCCUUCUCACCUUUUCCCUGUUACUCUGGAUGUUUUCCCAGAAGCUGGAGAGUAGACCUCUUACCCAUCAGCCCAGGGGAGGGCACACAGUCAUGCUCACUGGGCCUCACAGCUGCACCCUUUCUUGGCCCUGAUGGGGCUGAGGGCUGUCUUCACUAGGUUGGCCUUGUGGAAAGAUCUCAGGGUAACAGGGACCCCUUCAGGUAUCCUGUGCUGCCUCAGACCACCCAGAAAACAACAUGGACUCCAAGCUCCUCCCACUGGGAUACAGCAGCCUCCCCCUUACCCAGUGUUGCCUUCCUCGGUUUCAGAUACCCAAAAUCAACUGCAGUCUUGAAAAUAUCAGUAUUUGUCCUGACUCUUUCAAGAGAGACACCUUGUCCACGUAUUUUAUUAUCGUAUAUUGCUACAACUGGCCUAUUUUACUACUUACUAGUCUCCUAUGUCUAAUUCAUUAAUUAACCCUUAUCAUAGGUCUGUAUGUUUAGGAAACCUAGAGCAUAUACAGUGGGAGUUCAGUAGUACUCACAGUUUUGGGCCGCCAAUGGGGAUCUUGAAUAGGGACGGAUGAAGCGGGAGAUGGCCACGUUACAUUUCACACAGCUAGGAGGGACUUUUCUGCCAAAGGUACAAAUGGAAAACACUACUGGCCCAAAGCACAAGAGGCCAGACCACAACCAGGGCCACAGGACAUCUGUCUUCAGUCCCAUGACACCCGUCACUGAUUAAUAUUGAAAGUGGAUAAGCAGCUACCUAUCCUCAGGCCAAGACCUCAAACCCCCACACAACCAGGGUGAUCUGCUACCAAAAAUUCACCUGCAAAUAUGUAGGUCCCUGUGGGGCUCUUCCUGGGCCAGCAGGCGUCCUCUGAUAGAACAGGGUGCUGAGCAAAGGCCAGCCAGAGAGUGGGGAAAAGGAGAUGCCUUGCUGGCCCCAGGAGCACUCCAUGCACUUGUGUCUCCUGAGAGACUUGGGCUCCCUCAGAGAAAGGAGGAAGCCCAGUGCAGAGCCUCUCAUUAGGCCCGUGACUGAUGGGGAAAGGCCAUCCGGUUCCUGCAGGUGUUUCCAGCUGCCACUCCCAGCUGGGUGGCAGGUGCUUAUCUUGAGGCAUAAAUUGGCCCUGAUGGGAGCGCCAGCCAUGGGCCAUGAGAGACUCACUGAAAGGAAGAAAGGGGGUAGCUACUUCAGCAUUUUUUCAGAGGUCCCAUGGAUUCCCUGCUAAUGGAAGGAACAGGGAAACCCCCCUCCAGAGAUCCCGACCCCAGUGGGUGUUGGCUCCUGUCUUCUCCAGCUUUCCCUGCCCAGGGAUGGUUCCUUUUACCAAAGACGCCAACACAGAGCAAAGGCCAGGGUACUUCCUCCCUUCCCCACCCACCCCCUGCUGAAAGUGUUCAUCCGGGCAGCAGUGAUUCUAAGGCAGGUGGCGAGAGGGAAUGGGUGGAGCACAAGAUCUGUCAUCUGCCAACCGAACAAUCUUCUCAUGAAAGGCAGGUGGGCUGUGCGCUUGGCCCUAACCCCGUGUCUCCUGCUGCUCCUCCCUACCUCACCAGGCAGCUGGCAACAGCAUCCUCAAGAUGGAGAGUCACUCGCUGCAGCCUGGCAAAGUCUACUUGCCUCUGGGUACAAAAGUGCCUCAACCCACAUACUCUGGGAAUCCUAAAUGCCACAGUCUGAAGUUGGCUUGUAAACAUCUAUGCUGUUGAAAGAAUCUGUGUGUUUUAUUCUUACCUUGUAGAACUUGUCCAAGAAGCAGCAAAAAUAAACACCUAACCUGCCAUAAACUUCA